UGUGCAAGUGGAUUUAUGAAAGCUGGGUUACAGCACAGAAAAAAGGAAGUUAAGGCUCUCAGAGGACUAUAUAACUCCCAGCUCUGUUUGAUCCAUGAGAAAGCUCUCAUCAUGUAUCUGUUGGUGGUGGUCAUCUCUCUUCUGCUGAGCUCUGUUCCUGCACGGAGCCGUCCUGUUGAGGAUUUCAACGAAAAGAUCUUUUGGAAGUCGGGUAACAUCACUGAGAAAAAUGAUAUGCCAGUGCCAAAUCUAAUCGAGACCAACCAAAAUGCAGGACAAGGAAUGGAUGGGCCCUUGAUCACGUUUGGAGACAUCGCCGUACCAACAGGGUUCCAGAAUGCAGAUCCGUGCACAGCUCGUAGAUGCAAAUGGCGCAAAAGCAGAAAUGGAUUAGUCUAUGUGCCCUACAAGAUCUCUAACCAGUACUCUCCAGAUGAAAUAAAAGUGAUUAAACAAGGCCUAAACUCCUUUACGGGGAUUUCCUGCAUUCGAUUCGUACCACAUAACGGGCAGAGGGACUUUCUCAACAUAAAAUCUGAUUCUGGUUGCUAUUCAUAUUUGGGGCGCCAAGGUGGAGGACAGGUUGUUUCUCUACAGCGCCGUGGAUGUGUCUAUGAUUAUAUUGUUCAGCACGAGCUCCUUCAUGCUCUCGGGUUCCAUCAUGAACAGAACCGCAGUGACCGUGACAAACACAUCAAAAUUCUUUUUCAGAACAUCAUUCCUCAACAGGAGCACAAUUUCAAGAAAAGAAAAACCAAUAAUCUGGGAACCCCCUAUGACUACAACUCUGUGAUGCACUAUUCAAGGUUUGCUUUCUCCAAGAACAACGAGCCCACUAUGAUUCCCAUUCCUAAUAGGAACGUUGUGAUUGGAGAAGCUCGAAAAAUGAGCCCCAAUGACAUCCUGCGGAUUAACAAACUCUACUGUCGUUGAAGUGCUGCCAGUCUGUCUGAAGGAUGUGUUUGAUGACAGCGUUCAUCAUCUUUUUUACCAUUUUUCUAAGGUUUCCGGUUUUGCACCAGUUUCAAAUUAUUUUCCUUAAUCUAUCUUUUAAAAUUCAGAGACCUUUUAAAAUCAUUUUACAAUGUUCCAGUAUCAAAAGUUUGUAACAAAUGAAACUCAAUAGUGUGAACUCAAAAUGCUAUUUAAAACAAGAUGUUGCAUAAAAAAAUAAUAAUAAAGAAAUAAAAAAGAACA